GCAUCUAUUCCAUGCUAUAAAUGUGCUGUACUUUAUUAUGUGCUUGUUUACCUUUACUUUUUUCUAAACUUUUACCUCAGUGCAGAAUAGAGCUAGUCCUUUUAUUUCUAUCAGGUAGAUUAAAUAUAUGUGUGUAAUUAGGGAGAGUGAUAGUAAAUGAAGACAGAGAAAUAGAUAAGAUUGCUCAUAGAAAGUGUACAGUGAAGGAAAAGCUUAGGCUUGGGAUUGGACAUCCAAAGGAUAGAUUCAGAAUGAAGAGCCUGCAAGGAGAUGGAGAAGGAGAGACCAAUGAGUUAGGAAGAAAAUCUGGAGGCUGGUCUUUGGAAGCUAAUGGAAGGGCGGUUUUCAGAAGAUCACUAUAAACAAAUGCCACCAGAGAAAAUGCUGAAAUAGGAGUUACAGAUGCAUUGGAUUUGCUGGAUGAAAUACAAGCACUUAAUUUUUGUAACGUGGGGAGAAAGCCAAAAUUGACAGAUUAAUGUGUAAAUCACUGCGUUAUUGCUUUAGUCACUGUCUCUAUUUAGCAAUGACAAGACUGGAAGAAGUAAACAAAGAAGUGAACAUGCAUUCUUCAGUGCGUUAUCUUGGCUACUUAGCCAGAAUCAAUUUACUGGUUGCUAUAUGCUUAGGUCUUUAUGUAAGAUGGGAAAAAACAGCAAAUUCCUUAAUCUUGGUAAUUUUUAUUCUUGGUCUUUUUGUUCUUGGAAUUGCCAGCAUACUCUAUUAUUAUUUUUCAAUGGAAGCAGCAAGUUUAAGUCUCUCCAAUCUUUGGUUUGGAUUCUUGCUUGGCCUCCUAUGUUUUCUUGAUAAUUCAUCCUUUAAAAGUGAUGUGAAAGAAGAAUCAACAGAGUAUUUGCUUCUAACUUCCAUAGUGUUAAGGAUAUUAUGCUCUUUGGUGGAGAGGAUUUCUGGUUAUGUCCGUCAUCGACCCACCUUACUAACCACAGUUGAAUUUCUGGAACUUGUCGGAUUUGCCAUUGCCAGCACAACUAUGUUGGUGGAAAAGUCUCUGAGUGUCAUUUUACUUGUUGUAGCUUUGGCCAUGCUGAUUAUUGACCUGAGAAUGAAGUCUUUUCUAGCUAUUCCAAACUUAGUAAUUUUUGCUGUCUUGUUGUUUUUGUCCUCAUUGGAAACUCCCAAAAAUCCAGUUGCUUUUGCCUGUUUUUUUAUUUGCCUGAUAACUGAUCCUUUCCUUGACAUUUAUUUUAGUGGACUUUCAGUGACUGAAAGGUGGAAACCAUUUUUGUACCGUGGAAGAAUUUGCAGAAGACUUUCAGUUGUUUUCACUGGAAUGAUUGAGCUUACAUUUUUUAUUCUUUCAGCAUUUAAACUUAGAGACACUCAUCUCUGGUAUUUUGUAAUACCGGGCUUUUCCAUUUUUGGAAUUUUCUGGAUGAUUUGCCAUAUUAUUUUUCUUUUAACUCUUUGGGGAUUCCAUACCAAAUUAAAUGACUGCCAUAAAGUUUAUUUUACCCACAGGAUGGAUAACAAUAGCCUUGAUAAAAUCAUGGCAUCCAAAGGGAUGCGUCAUUUUUGCUUAAUUUCAGAGCAGUUAGUUUUUUUCAGUCUUCUUGCAACAGCAAUUUUGGGAGCAGUUUCCUGGCAGCCAACAAACGGAAUCUUCUUGAGCAUGCUUCUGAUUGUUUUGCCGUUGGAAUCCAUGGCUCAUGGGCUCUUUCAUGAACUGGGUAACUGUUUAGGAGGAACAUCUGUUGGCUAUGCUAUUGUGAUUCCCACCAACUUCUGCAGUCCUGAUGGUCAACCAACACUUCUUCCACCAGAACAUGUACAGGAGUUAAAUUUGAGGUCUACUGGCAUGCUUAAUGCUAUCCAAAGAUUUUUUGCGUAUCACAUGAUUGAGAUCUAUGGAUGUGACUAUUCCACAAGUGGACUGUCUUUUGAUACUCUACAUUCCAAACUGAAAGCUUUCCUGGAACUUCGGACUGUGGAUGGACCCAGACACGAUACAUAUGUUUUGUAUUACAGUGGGCACACCCACGGUACAGGAGAAUGGGCCCUUGCAGGUGGAGACAUACUACGCCUUGACACACUUUUAGAAUGGUGGCGAGAAAAGAAUGGUUCCUUUUGUUCCCGGCUCAUUAUCGUACUAGACAGUGAGAAUUCAACCCCUUGGGUAAAAGAAGUGAGAAAAAUCAAUGACCAGUAUAUUGCCGUGCAAGGAGCAGAGAUGACAAAGACGAUAGAUAUUGAAGAAGCUGACCCACCACAGCUGGGUGACUUUACAAAAGACUGGGUAGAAUAUAACUGCAACUCCAGUAAUAACAUCUGCUGGACGGAAAAGGGACGCACAGUGAAAGCAGUGUAUGGCGUGUCAAAACGGUGGAGUGACUACACUCUGCAUUUGCCAACGGGAAGCGAUGUGGCCAAGCACUGGAUGUUACACUUUCCUCGCAUUACAUAUCCACUGGUGCAUUUGGCAAAUUGGUUGUGUGGUCUGAACCUUUUUUGGAUCUGCAAAACUUGUUUUAGGUGCUUGAAAAGAUUAAAAAUGAGUUGGUUUCUUCCUACUGUGCUGGACACAGGACAAGGCUUCAAACUUGUCAAAUCUUAAUUUGGAACCCAAAGUGGAAUGUUACUGAGAGUUCAUACUACCAGUUAUCACUAACUUGCCAUUUUUUGUAUAUUGUAUUUUUAUUUGUGAAAAGUAUCCUGCUACUUCUGUCACUGCUCUCAUUUUGUCUUUUCUCAAGUAAUUAUGGUAUAUGUAAGGUAUUGGGAAUAAGCAUUCUUUUAUACUAAAAGUAUGUAGGGAGUCACAAAGGCUGACUUUGUAAAUGCAUAAGAGAUGUUAAAAGUAACAAUGCACUUUGAGGAAUGUUUGCAUAUACCUCUGAUUGGAAAGAAGACACUUGUCUCUGCUCUGCAGUGGCCACUGAAGAAUUAGUAAUGCCUUAUUUUCUAGGCAUAGACUAGAGAAUAUAAACCAGACAAUUUGUUUACUAUUAUAAGAAAACUACCAACUUGCAUACAGAAGAUUAUUUUUUGUUAACAGUAGGUUUGAGUCCAAGACUAUCUGAAGAAUUACAAAAGGAAGAAGUGUGCUUGAAAUGAAUGCAAAAUUUGCCUAUAGUCCAUCACAUUUACAUGUCUUGGUUGUGACCUGUUACCAGCAUCACAGAGAAGCCCAAAUCACUGUUUAGGUCAGAACAUUCUUCAUGUAGGUGACUGUAAGAAGCUAGAGCCUACAAAUUGCUCCUUCAUGCAUUGUUGGGAGCCUUUGAAAGCACUGGCAAUUUUAAGUCUUUCUCAGGGUAACAAUAUUUUCUUAAUGAACAAUGUUUUCAACUACAAAUUCCUUCCAAGUAAAUUGUCUUCCCUUUCAAAAAGUAAUCUUAUGAAAUAAAUUUAGCAAUUUCUCAUUGAUUUAAGCUAUUUUCAGUAUUCAGAAAUGAUUUUGAGCUCUAUAGAGUUAAUGGUCUGCCAUGAAAACUAUUUUUCAAAUCCUCGUUAGUGGUAACAUUUUUUCCUACUGAAGGUCAAAAAGGAUUGGAAACAGGUCAUUUUUUUCCUUGUAUACACGUGAUGUAUUAUGUAAAAAGGAUUCAUAUUGGCAAUUUUAGUUAAGCAUAAUGGUGUGGUUGUAAUUUUUAGAACUUAAUUCAGUGUUUUAUCUGAUUAAAGCAGGCUUGGAUCAGGUUAUCUCCUAAGAGGUAAUUUACCUCCUAUUCUGUUCCAGUAAUCCUUACAUUCUAAAUUUUCAUCUGUGGGAAGUAACAAGAAGGGAACAGAAUUAAACUGGGGGAUAAUCUUUGUUGUUUAAAUGGUGUGACUUCUCACCAUUGAAGCCAUUUUUCCAGCCUCAGAGAGAGGAAAUAAUGCCUCUACCAUUUGCUACCUGGUGACUUGAAAACUGAAGUUUUAGUUAGGAAGAAGUCACUUAGCUAGUAUCAGGGAAGUUGUAUACCACUAUCUAUGCAGUAUUGUUAUAUAGUCUGAUUAUUUCUAUGUUGUGAGUAUAAUUUUCCUAAUGUUUUGAAUAAAAUUUUCUCAAAAUUUA